AUGAUCAAACUCGUCGCAUUCGAUCUCGAUGGCACCCUCGCGGAGAGCAAGCAGCCGCUCCUCGACUCCAUGGGCGAGGCUCUGGCCGAUCUCUUGAGCGUCGCACACGUCGCGGUCAUCUCAGGCGGCGAUUGGCCACAGUUCCAGAAACAAGUCGCGAGUCGUCUGCCGCCGCGGGCAGAUCUUUCCAAGCUAUGGCUCAUGCCAACUACGGGCACCAAGCUUUACACCCACAAGGGCGACGACUGGAAGGUUGAAUACGCCGAGUUGUUUAGUGAGGAGCAGAGGAAGAACAUCAUCGAAGCUUUCAACGCUUCGCUCGACGCCACAGGGUUUCAACCUGAACAGACUUGGGGUGAGCGAAUUGAAGAUCGAGGUAGUCAAAUCACCUUCUCUGCUCUUGGUCAGCAAGCACCCGUGUCGGCCAAGGAGAUCUGGGAUCCAGACUUUGCCAAGCGAAAGAUCAUCCAAGCCGACCUGUACAAGCGUCUUCCAGACCUAUCUAUCAACAUGGGCGGAGCAACCUCUAUCGACAUUACACAAAAGGGCGUUGAUAAGGGGUAUGGGUUGAAGAAACUCUCUGCGGCGAGCGGUAUUCCUCUGGAGCAGAUCAUGUUUAUCGGAGAUGCUAUCUUCCCUGGUGGAAACGACUAUCCUGCCAAGGAGUUAGGAUUGCAUACUGUGCGUGUGAAGAAUCCGGAUGGGACAUUGGCUGCCAUUGCUGGUAUUGUUGCAUGCCUCAGCGAGACGGGUCCUCUUAGUUGA